AGUAAUAUUUUACAAUCUAUUAAGCCAAGAGGUGGAUGGAUAGGACAUGCAGCAUGCAUUAUAGAAAGACACUAUUUCAGAAUUAUGGUUGUGGAACCUCAUGGAGAGAGAGAAUUUGGGAAAAUGUGUAGAAUCUGAGAGGACAGUAUUGAAACAAAACUUAGAUAAAUUCGUAGAAGUGGGUUGUUAAACUGGGAGCUGCUCGGAACUAGUCCAGGAUAAAGCUUAUUAACGGCCUUGUGUGACGACGGUUAUGAACGACCUAGAAGUACAGACGAACUUUCGAAUAGUCUAGAAUGUACCGACAACCGAGAAAAUAUCCCGUCGUGGGAAGGUCGGUUGGUUGCUCGGUCAGUGAGUCACUUAGUGACCUCGUAAUGUCUGAGACUGUACGCAAGAAGUAUUUAGGACACGGGAGGCAAAUGUUGUCUCUCCCUCAACUUCCCAACCCCAAAAUUCGCGACCCCGUCCCCUACAACACCUACAUCCAAUGUUUUGGGCGGAUAGAUCAAUAGAGAGACUUCGGAAAUGUUCGGAAGAGUUCGUUACACCUCGAGUUGCGAAUCGUUAUAUCUUGUACGCGUAAUUUUUAAAAUACCGUGAGCUGUUCUGAGUGAAAUGUGGAAAGCAGCGUGGACACACAGCCUCUAUUCGGUUAAGAAACAUCGGUUUUAUGCGGUAGGCUCCUUGUAACUUCCUUCCCUGCCGCAGUGAGAUCGAAAACAAAAAUGUUAAUUUUGCUUCCUGCGCGUUUUACCCGCUGUGAGGCGCUCUUGUAGCUCAGCCUGUGAACUGCUGUGACGCAACCAGCAGUGCUCAAUUUACUGACGUUAUUGUUUGUGUGUGUAGCAUUGGAACGUUAAUUCCAAGGAGCCCAGAAACGUUUCUCUUGAAUAAGAAUGUUUAAAGACUAAAUUCUUUGAUCGUACGUUACCGUUAUUGUAAAAAUAAAGGUGAUCUUUACAUCAUGAUGUGGUUAUGUGGUUGUCAGUAUGAAUUAAAUCGAGCGGAGGGGGGUGUCUGGACGCUUUACAACUGUCAAUUGUUUUGUUGUUUAUUUCCAAUACGGUGCAGCAGCAUGGCUCUGUUAUUUUCAAAUCGGUACUAGAACAAGAAUCAUGUUUUUGUACGUGACUGUUGUAGUUAGUGGUGAUGUGUCUUGCCGACGUGAAGAUCUGGAUAGCAAGGAACCUGCGUCCGCCCCGUAACGAGACCACAAGAAUUCCCGGAUACCCGAUUGGACAGUCCAGCCACCAGCCACGGUGCCACCGGUUGCUGCAGGUGAGGGACACGCCACAUCAUUGUCAUCUGACCUCGCAGUGGAAGAGCGACACAUGUUCGCAGGAGGGCGAUGCGGGGUGCAGCCAUUCAGGAGCCUUCGGAGGAGACAUCCUGGCCAAAAGCGAGGUGGAGGAGGAAAUGGAACCUUUCAACCGAAUGUCGGUGUAGCGCCUUGAGCAGUGAAAGAUGAACAGUGGAUCGGCAGAAACUCUCCCUCCCUGGCAAACAUCAAUUCAAGACCCGAUCAUCUGAUUUUCCAAGAUGGUCGUAGUCGUAGCGGUUCUUGAACCCGAUACCGAUGACUAGCUGGGACGUGCUGAGAAGAAUGGGGCGUAGGCCAGAUGGAAGCGGAAGCAGCAGGGGUCAUACAAGAACGGAAUUUGCGUCGAGUUGCUUGCGAGCUGUCCCCCAGUUACACUUCUUCAUUGUGCUCGAAGACUCGCCUCUCCAGUUCUGUCGGUCUUGCAGUUUCCUGCUCGGGUAAUGGGACGGGAGGAAACUUCCCAGCUGUAAUGUUUCAACUCCGCACACGUGGAAGAAUACUAUGAAGCCCGAAGGCCACAAGGGUUGUCCAUAGCCAGCAGACAACACUAACGUACAUUACUUAACCCUUCGAAGCCGAAGAUCGUCUAAAUAUUAUUUAUGAAUUCAGUCCGUACCGCGAAAAAAACACUACACCUCACCAUUACGAAAAUCAGCUGGUUGACCCUUUGAAGCCGAAGCUCGUCUU